GAGAGUCCACCCUCAGUACCUAGCUACCUAGUGUCUGUAGGUACUGAGAAAAAGGCGCUCUGAGUAGACUUUCAUGGCCACGUCUGUUGGCUCGAAACUCCGGCCGUCGCAUGUCCUUCUCUCUUUGUUGGCACCAGCCAGCCCAAUUUUCUUUCAGCAUCGCAACCAUCGCCAAGACAGCCUAAAAGGAAGAAGAAGAAGAAGAAGAAGAAGAAAGACGUUGCCCCAAAAAUGCACGUUCUGAUCGUCGGAGCGGGGCUGGGCGGGCUUAGCCUAGCUCAGACCCUGCGCAAGCAGGGCAUCUCGUUUGAGAUCUUUGAACGCGACACGGACGCCGACGCGCGGUUCCAGGGCUGGGCCAUUGCUCUCUACUCCAUCGUCGACGCCCUGGUGGACUCGUAUCCGGCCGACCUGCCCGACCUGCGCGCCUCGGUCGACCAUCUGGCGCCCCUGAAGCUCCCGGCGCAGAUCACGCUGUGGCCGCCGGGGCGGGAGGAGCGUGUUGGGUUUCAGGAUUCGCCCGACCAGCCGCUCAUCCGCGCCGAACGCAGCCGUCUGCGCCGCUGGCUGUCGACCAACAUCCCCAUCCAGUGGGGCAAGCGCGUGACGCGCAUCGAUAAUAGCGACGACGGCGUCUCUGUCCAGUUUGAGGAUGGUGGUAGCGCCCACGGUGACAUUCUCAUCGGGGCGGACGGGAUCAACAGCAUUGUGCGGCAGCACCUCCUCAACCGACCCAGCAGCGACCUGCUCCAGGUGGUCCCGCUGGCAACGGUCAUCGGGCAGCUGGACCUGUCGGGCGAGGCGCUCAAGCGGCAGCUAGCUCUCGGACACAGCGGGUACAUGUGCAUCCGGCCGGACCUCGGCUUCGUGACGUUCACGGGGCUGCACUACGUGGCGGCGGACGGGGAGUCGGCGCGCUUCUACUGGAACCUGAUGCAGUUCGACGGCGACAUUGCGAGCGAGGACCACUGGCUGCGCGCGGCGACGGGAGAGCAGAAGCUGGCACACGUGCUGCAGACGACGCGCGGGCUGCCGGCCAAGCAGCGCGAGAUCUUCGAGCUGACGGCGCCCGGCCAGAUCAAGCACGAGACGCACGUCUGGCGCGACGUGCAGCUCGACGCCGAGUCGCUGCCGCCGGGCCGUGUGGUGCUGAUGGGAGACGCCGCCCACGCCAUGAUGCCCUUCCGGGGCGAGGGAGGCUACCACACCCUCGUCGACUCGCUCGUGCUGGGCAAGGCGCUCGGCGCCCUGGCUGCCGGGGACAGGUUCGAGGACGUGGCGGCCGUGCGCCAAGCCGUGGCCGAAUACAAUGCGGUCAUGCUCCGCAGAGCGGGCCAGGCGGUGCGUGACUCGAGGAAUCUCAACAUGAAUGCGCAGCGCUUUGGGCCCGACGGGCUGCCGCUCGACCCGGCCAAGGUGCCGCCCAUCGUGCCCCUGCCCGACGUCGAAAUCGUGCUGGGCGUUGGGGCACGGCUGGGUGGGGCAUGA